CAUCGCCCAAGCACAAUUUGAAUUAGCAGAGAAGCACCUAAAGACAACACGAGUAAACACGCGAGCAUUAUCAACACGCCCAACGCUCUGCAGCUUUGCUUUGUCCGUAAUCUCAAAUGCCCGCUGCGACACUAAUCCAGUCAUUGCCGAAUUUUAUCUCUCGCGAGAAUCAUACCGCUCUGGUAUCUCAGACGCCCUCAUCCUUUAACGACAUUCCACCCGUCGUCUGCCACAUCGAACAGAACGUCUCAGUCACUCUUGAUCCGCCAUUAGACGGUUUCGCACAAAGCAAUGCACAGGGCACUUUGUAUGUGAUUGAAAGCGUAUUAGUGUUCAUGCCUAAUCAGGGAAGCGGCUUUCAGGUCGAGUAUCCAGCAAUUACACUUCACGCUGUGUCUCGGGCAGAGUCUGGCCCAUCGAUCUACUGUCAACUGGAUGAACAUGCUGGGGAACCUGAAUCCGCAGCGAUUAAUGACGAGGUGUCUGAGAUGCGCGAGCUCUCCAUCAUCCCUCAAGACGCUUCAUCGCUGGAACCCAUCUUCGAAGCGUUGUCUCGGUGCGCUGCGCUGCAUCCCGAUCCCGCCACGGGCUCCGACGAAGAAGAUAUGGAUGCUUUCUUGGACUCCAACGGCGGUGACUUUGAGGUGUUCGCUGGUGAUGAAAACCAGGAGCUCAGCGAGGUUGGAAGGGCUGCGUUGGAACACCUCGAGUCAAUCAUCGAAUGGCCAGUGAAUGGAAGCACUCAUGGGAGUGAACCCGGUGUAAGCGAUGAAGAAAAUCCCGCUGCCUAGCGGUCAACAAUUCAUUGUUAAAAACCCACGCUUUGAAAGCGGCCAGGGUAUAUCAUAUCUCCAGAUUGUCAGGCGAGUAAAACAUGUUUGAGUUAUACAUUCUUCACUCGCUCAGAUCUCCUUAAAAGAAUGGAUUGCAGUUGCAACUAGCUGAUCAACUGGUCCGGAUCUGAACCGUGUAUUGCCCACCAUCUGUUUCGAGGUAAGAGAUACUGAGGGGGUCGAAAAUCAGGACUUGCCGGGUGAACCUGUCGACGACAUGUUUGAAAUCCGCCUCGUCCAGGUCAACGAUGCAUUCACGCAAUUGGCUCUCUUUUAGGACCAGAACAUCCCCAUACACAACUCGCUUGGAGUCACUCAGAGAGCUAUUCACAAGAGCACCGGUAGCUUUUGAGAUGCGUUGUGCGUAUGCAUAUGCCAGAUAGAUGACGCCGUGACCUGCGUCCAUUCGCCAUGAAUUCUUGAAUUGUGUGACAGUCCACGACUGCGUCCGUAGAUCCUCCGGGAACAUAUAAGACCCCAGACCAUAGUCGAGCGGAACAGGGACCACGACAGGCUGCCCAUUCGAUCCUGCGGGGAAGAGGACACCGCGAAAUACAGCUGGGAAUGGCUGGGUGCAUGGAGUGAGUGCCGCAGUGGAUGGUUCAUAGUCUAGGAGACACACUGGGUUUGCCGAGAUUACGGCAUGGGACCUUUGCUCAAUCUCCUGUUGAUGCAUGUGGGAUGUCGGAUUGCGAACGUGAAUGCAGACGUUUCAAACGAGUGACGGGCAAAGGGAGAGUUCAGAGAAUGGUCAACGAGAGGUCAAAGGGGAGCAGCUGUACACAGGAGCUGAAUCCUUGCACGAUUGACUAUAUAUUCGUGUGAUACCGAAGCGCAUGGUUUAUCCCGCCCCUGAGUGUGCCAGACUGCACCCGAAAUGGAGGGACUGAUUUGUUUAACCUGCGACUGAGCGUGAACGUUACAUACGAGUCAAAAGGGGACAUGCAUGAGUCUAUGCUUGCGUGUAAAAACUUGUUAAGAU